AUGCAGUGUAGAGUGUGUUUAAAACGAUGUGAGAAUCAAGAAGACGGCAAAACUGCAACGCUUUUUCAUUCUUUCCUUGAUGGUGUGCUGAUAGGAGAAUAUUUGAACGAUGUUUUUGAUCUGCAGAUCUCCGAGGAUGAUUGCUUUCCACAACAUAUCUGCGAGCAGUGUCGUUUGGAGCUUCAAAUAGUGUCAAUCUUCCGGGAAAGACUGCUUUUGUCUGAUAACACGCUGCGUGGAUUACAUCGUCUCGGAGAUGGUGCAACAACUUACGGGGAAACAAUGGUGGACGAAUCUGUUGUGUCAUGUGCAGCUACUGCAACUACACGAGAGUCCAUGGAACAAGACUCAACCGUAACCGAGAUAGCAACUAACCGCUGUGGUGAUUGUGGAAAGAAGAUGUAUGAAAUUGAACCGACCUAUCUAUUUCAGCAGACUUCCCCGUCCUGUUCCAUUACGCACAUCAUGCUGUGCCAAGAAUGCUACCACGCUAUGUCCACCGGUCACUCUGAAAAAACAGAAGCUGAUAUCCAUAAAGCUGGAACCGCUACAAACCUUAAUUCUCCUUCACUAACUAUCGAUUUGAUACCUACGGAAACUUCAAACACUUGUACAAAAACGUCUCGUUUUUGUUGUGUGACACACUGCUCGGAACUGUUCAGCGAUGAACCGACGCUCGUACAGCAUGCACAAGAAACACACGCGAUAAAAAUUCGCAAAAACCGCGAGAAUCAAGCACCAGGAAGACCGUUCAAAUGUAACGUAUGUUUUCGUGCGUUUGGUUCGUCAAAAAAUUUGCGCAUUCAUCAGUUGGUUCGUUCAAAUGUACAUGCUCGCAGUUUCAUUUGCACCAUAUGUCCGUUUCGUGCCAGCAAUACGGCCGCUCUAACGAUCCACGAACGUUCCCAUACCGGAGAGCGUCCUUACGGGUGCGAGUCGUGCGAGAAACGGUUUUCUUCAGAAGCUACACUUAAAUCGCACCAGGUCUGCCAUCUGGACGAGCGACCAUACGAAUGCACGUACUGUUCGAAAACGUUUGCACGCAAACGAAACAUGCAGGAGCAUGCUGCGUUGUGCCAGUCGGAUGAAAAACCUUAUCAUUGUGAGGAAUGUAGUGCACGAUUCAAAACGAAACAGCACUUGCGGUUACAUCGUCGAUUGCACACGGGUGAGAAACCGUACCGAUGUAGCGUUUGUCCUAAAACGUUUCACUACAUUUCCGAUCGAAAACGGCACGAACUAUCACACGCGGGAGCGAAACCGUACCGUUGUCACACUUGUGAUGCUUCGUACACCCGGAAGUAUGCACUUACCAUGCACGAACGAACGCAUACGGGCGAGCAACCGUUUGGGUGUGAAGAGUGUGGGAAACGAUUUUCUAAAUCUUCCCUGUUGAAGCGGCACGUGGCACGGCAGAGUUGUGGUGGAAAAAGUAACACGAAAAAGCAACCGAUAGAUUGCGGCAACUUUUUCAUUGGGCACAAUCAUCAACUGUCAACUUGA